AUGGAUUUGGAAGUGGAAGGAUUUGCCAACCUGACGCUAGAACUGGGACACACCUCGGCCGAGAGUCACCCACGCGCUCCUCCCCAGGGCCUCCCUGGUGCCAGUCUUCUCGUUCGGGCAGAAGCAGCAAUCCUGCAGGUCCCCAACCCGCGGGGCUUGUGGCUGCCGGCGGCCCAGGAAGCGCUGCAGCUACUGCUGAGCGUGGCCCUGCCGUUCUUCCAAGGUUCUUCCAAAGUUGCCAGGACCUACUUCUCCCCUCCCGCGAGCCUGUCCCUACCGGAGGGUGAUCCCCUGGCGGCCCCGCCCCGAGCUGUGUCCCGCGGGCCCCUGGCGGCACCCACCUUCACCUCUCUCGGGAAGGCCUCCAGAGAGGAAAAGAAGCUGUCCCAGACAGGGCUUCAGAGCUCUCGUUUGCCUGUCCUUUGGGACCACCGACCAAGGAGAGCCACUGGGAUGGAGGUCCCCAAGGCUCCUCUGUCCUCCUCCACCAUGAAAACCCCGAGGAAGCAGCAGCUAGAAGCACUGGCCGCCCUCCAAUUUGUGUUAACGUUCCUGUUCAUGGGUACUUCCUUCACCCUUUUGGUCCUCUUCCUCCUCUUCACCUCCUUCUGGUCACUCUCAGUUCUCUACUUUGUCUGGCUCUACCUGGAUUGGGACACACCCAACCAAGGCGGGAGGCGUUCUGAGUGGAUACGGAACUGGACAGUUUGGAAACACCUAAGGGAUUAUUUUCCUAUCAAGCUGGUGAAAACAGCAGAGCUGCCACCCACCCAGAACUAUGUGAUGGGAGCCCACCCACAUGGAAUCAUGACCACUGGAUUCUUCUGUAAUUUCAACACAGAGAGCAAUGCUUUCUCCCAAAAGUUCCCUGGGCUUCGGCCCUCCAUGGUCGCGCUGGCCGGCCUCUUCCGCCUUCCAAUCUUUCGAGACUACAUCAUGCUCAGUGGAUUAUGUCCUGUGAGCCGCCAGAGUCUGGACUUUAUCUUAUCCCAGCCCCAGCGCGGUCAGGCCGUGGUCAUCAUCGUUGGGGGUGCCCAGGAGUCCCUGUAUUCAGGUCCAGGCCAGCACUGUGUUGUUCUCCGGAAGCGCAAAGGGUUUGUGCAUCUUGCACUGCAGCAUGGGGCCUCCCUGGUGCCUGUGUACUCCUUUGGGGAGAAUGAUGUCUUCAAAGUUAAGACUUUUGCCACAGACUCCUGGCAAUACCUGUGCCAGACCACCUUCAAGAAGCUCAUGGGCUUUGCUCCUUGCAUCUUCUCAGGCCGUGGCCUCUUCUCAGCCAACUCCUGGGGCCUGAUGCCCUUCGCUGUGCCCAUCACCACUGUGGUGGGCCGCCCCAUCCAGGUGCCACAGCGCCUGAACCCCACUAAGAAGGAAGUUGACCACUAUCAUAUGCUUUACAUGAAGGCUUUGGAGCAGUUGUUUGAGGAGCACAAGGAGAGCUGUGGUGUCUCUGCUUCUACUCGCCUCACCUUCAUGUAG